UUCUCCGUCUCGUUGCCUUUAAACCACGCACUCGAGUGUGUUGUGGCUGAAAUGGCCGGACGCCGACUUAUCCGCGGAGCUUCCUCGCUGUUGUGAGGGAUGUCUUUCGCAAUUUUUCUGUUGUCUUGUUUCCCGGCGAGUAAUGUCGGGACGGGGAUUGUGCUCCGCUGCGAGGCCUUUUUCUCCCCUCACAUUUGACACGGCUCUGUUGUUUAGCCUGUUAGCAUGUGUUGAUGUCGCGGACCAGCCCGGUGUCCCUGCCCUCCGUUAGAUAACCGUACCCGUCUAUUAAUACCCCCGUGGGACUAGAAAGCGAGCCAGGUCCUCGGCUAACAGCUCCGAGCAGAUUUAGAUAGCAUCGUUGGCUAGCUCCAGCCGUACCGCAUCGUUUAUUCACGGCAGCAGCGUUAGCAUGUCGAUGGCGAACGUCGGUUCAUGCUAGCGAGGACAAAGGGGGACCCCCGGUACCAGCCACACUCAGUCGAUUUUUCUAUUUUGUACAUACAGAGUUUUGUAUAUACUGUAUAUGAUGAGCUUGCUGGGCGGCGACAAGGCCCGGGGCCCUCGGGAAAAGGUGCUGCCCUCUGCCACUCACACAUCUCAACCACAGAAACAGAUACAGGCUACUGCAGAACAGAUCCGGCUUGCUCAGAUGAUUUACGACAAGAAUGAUGCUGACUUUGAGGACAAAGUUAACCAGCUGAUGGAGGUGACUGGGAAGAACCAGGACGAGUGCAUGAUAGCGCUCCAUGACUGCAAUGAGGAUGUUAGCAAAGCCAUCAACUUCCUCCUGGAGAGUACCUCUGACAUGACCUCAUGGGAGACGGUGGGGAAGAAGAAGCCGCUCGUGAAGGAGGGUCCAUCAGAAAGCAAGGAGAACAAGGAGAACAGGGAGAAGAGAGGAGAGAGGGAGGCGAGUAAAGGCCGCGCGGCUGCUAACCGCAGGGGCAAGGGGGCCAGUCGCAGCCGCCAGGCGCGUCCAGAAGAGAAUGGCGUGGAGGUGACACCAGUGGACAGAAGUUCAGAUCGAGGUCGGAGAGUCAAAGGUGGCCGUGGAUCUGGAGGCAGAGGUAGAGCACCAGCAGGGAACCGGUUCUCAGCCCAGGGCAUGGGGACUUUCAAUCCUGCCGACUAUACCUCAGAGGCUGGUACAAGGACCACACAGAGUGAGGUGUGGGACACAGUGGCUAACAACAGUACAGAUGGGACAGUUGCCUGGAGGACCACCAUGGAUGACUGGACACCUGAGGAGUGGAGUGAGGAUGUCAGUCUCUCUGAGACCAAAGUGUUCACCUCCACAUGUGCAACUGCUGCUGAGAACCACAUCACACCUGGGCAAAGUCUGGACCUCGCCUCUCUGCUGCAGAAGCCUGUUGGUGGAGGAAGAGAACCACCAUCUUCAUCUUCUCAGAGUCUGGUCUUCACCAACUCCCAUCACCACCACCAGCCACCCCCGAGCCGCAGCGCCACCGGCAGCACAAGCUACGCACAUGCUGCUCUGUCGUCAGUUCUGGGAGCUGGUUUUGGGGAGUUGGGUCAGGCCAAGAGGACUCAACCCAGCGCUGGAGCUCAGAUACUGGAACAGCUGAAGGGCCCGGGCUUGGGUCCACUACCCUCAUCACAGGCCGUGCCUCCUGCCAGCACCCAAGGAAGGAACACCUCCAUCGGCCGACUGCCAGGCCUGGGAGCACCUGUACCUCCACCCUCAUCCUCUAGCUGGGACAUGAAGGCUUCAGAAUCCAACACCACCUCGCUGUCCUCACAGUUCAGCCGUGAGUUUGGCUUGCAGCCGGAGCCCUCUCUUGUGCUGAGUCAGCUGGUUCAGAGGCACAACGGCCCCUCGUUGCCUCUGGCACGUCAGUCAAGUCCGCCCACACAACAGCAAACGCUCCCUGCUUCAGCCUCACCUGCUCCCCAGCACACCAGCAUGCCAGCACAGGCAGGGACAGUGAUGACUGUUUCUGGUAUUAAACCUCCUGCGCCCAAUGUGGGGCUGGACCCUCAGGGUGGCAGUACUCCACAGCAGCAACGGGCACAGCUCAAAGGCCAGAAACGAAGGAUACCUCCCACAUCGAAGAUCCCCUCCACAGCGGUAGAGAUGCCAGGCUCAGCUGACGUACCUGGUCUAAACCUCCAGUUUGGAGCUCUAGACUUUGGCUCAGAGUCGGCAUUGCCGGAGUUUGGCGUCGUGGACAAUUGUGUGGGAGCAGUGUCCAGGGAGUCGACUCCGGCCCCCGCUCCAGUACCACCUGCACCGGGACCAGGGACACAGAGCCAAACAAGCCUGUACUCCAAACCGCUCAGUGAGUCCCUGGGCAGCCCACUCUCCGUUACCCUGCCUCCGCCCCUCUCCUCAUCAGAGCCAGUAUAUCACUCCUCAUCGGUGGCGCUGUCCAGCCUCACCACCUCCUCAUUAGGGACUGCCAGCUCCACCAAUCCCCCCUCGUCCUCUUCCACGCUCUCCACCACCUCCACCUCCAUACCCUCCUCGUCCCCCUUCUCCACAGUGGGAGGAAACUACGAUGGGACCAUGCCCCCUCACACACGACUAGCUUUUUCACAGAACAAAGAGGCCUCAGGGCCAGUCAUGAACGGUCUAAAUGGUGUGAGGACCUCUGCUGCUCUCGACACAUCAUCAGCGUCCUCCACACCAAAGCCAGAGUCGCCAUCUCUGAACAUCAACAGCGGCCCAGCACCCUCCUCCCACUUAACCUCCUCCCUCCCUGCACACAGCUCCGCCACUCUUUCCAACCUGGCACAAGACCUUCCCUCUGCCAGCCAGCUCAACUCACUCAAUAGCCAUGUCAGCAGUCUUUCCUCAGCUUCAGCUCUGGGCUCCAGCUCUGUCACUUACACCAGUGUCGACAGCAGCAGCAUGAGCUCCCUGGUCCCCUCCUCUGGCCCCUACACGUCAUCGCAGCCCUCAGCCUCAGCACUCCACUCGACCCACAACAGCAGCAACAGUAGCAGCAUCAGCCACCUGGCCAACAUGCCCCACAUACCCCACAUGCCCCACAUGGGCAGCAACAUUAGCAGCGCAGUCUGCGGUAUUGCUGGCACCAGCGGACUUCACUCUGCCGCCACCAGCACAGCGCUUGGACUUGGCUCCAAUGGAGCUAUUGCCACGUCCAACCUCUCUGCACCAAGGACCACGCCCCUGCUCUCCUCCACUGGUAAAGCUCCUCCUAACCUGUCCCAGGGAGUCCCUCCUCUAUUGCCCAACCAAUAUAUCAUGGGCCCAGGGGGGCUGCUGCCAGCAUACCCACAAAUCUAUGGCUAUGAGGACCUCCACAUGCUCCAGUCCAGACUGCCAAUGCCCUCUUUGCAGGAUUACUAUGGAAUCACAUUCCCCGGUCCCACAGCAACUCUCUCUGGCAGAGACGGGAGCCUAGCCAACAACCACUACUCAGGUGAAGUCACAAAGUUUGGUAGGAACGACUCCACCUCCCCGGCACCUCCCACAAGCCUGGCGGCCCAACAGGCUCCCCAGGGCCAGAGCCAAGGACAGAGCCAGGGCCAGCCUCAGCCUCCUCAGGCCCAGCCUCAGCCCCAGGGCCAGCCGCAGCACCAUAGCAGUCAGCAGGCCUUUCUGCCUCCGGGCUACAGCUACACAGGCCUGCCUUACUACCCCGGAGUGCCCGGUGCCGUUCCCAGUGCUGCUGCCUUCCAGUAUGGCCCCACCAUGUUUGUUCCUCCCGGGGGACCAGCCUCGGCCAAGCAGCACAGCAUGGGCCUCGGCCUUGGAAACCCCCCGGCAAGUCCUUUCCAGCAGCAGACGCAGCAGCAGCCAAGCGGUUACGGCCAGCACACCUUCAGCUCAGGUUAUGAGGAGCUGACAGCAGGGCCGGCUGGAGUGGACUACAGUAAAGGCUACAACUCCACCUCACAGGCACAUGCCAAAUCUGCUGCUAGUGGGCCUGGCAAAGGCGUCUCCGUGACAUCCAGUAACUCGGGAGUGCCAGACAUCAGUGGAAGUGUUUACAAUAAGACCCAGUCUUUUGAUAAGCAGGGUUUCCAUGCGGGCACCCCUCCUCCCUUCAGCUUGCCAUCAGCGCUGGGGGGACCAGGCCCUCUGAACCCUGGAGCAGCUCCUGGAGGCUAUGCACCAGCCCCAUUCCUCCACAUCCUGCCUCACCAGCAACCACACUCCCAGCUGCUGCACCAUCACCUAGCUCAGGAUGGACAGGGUGGUCCCAGCCAGCGUGGCCAGUCCAGCAGCCUGCAGCAGAAGAGCCAAGUCAACAAGUCAAGCUAUGGCACCUCCCCCUACUGGGCUAACUGAGGUGGCGAGAACCUACGAUGUGUGUUUGUGUGUACGUGCAUGGACGAACAGACACACACCGGCGUAUCUGACUGACAAGAUCAUAGAGGGACAAACCAUUUUACAACACAAGCUAAAACACACACACACUACCACCCCCUCCCCUUUGCUCUGUAUAUCCCCUUUUCAAAUUUAUGGCUGUUGUAUGUAAAAUAUAUUUAUGUAUGUAUUUAUACAGUAUAUAUGUAUUGGUAGGACAUAAAAUGUGGUUUUCUGAAUUUUGUUUUUAUUUUGAAGGACAUUUUCAAAAAAAUGUGGAAAAGAAAAGAAUGCUAAUUCACGGAGAUGAAGUUGGUGAAUAUACUUGAACACAAGCAUCUUGUGAUGUGGAUUUCUUUUGUAUGCAUACAUGAACUGAGAAUGAUGUACAUAGAUUUUACGCAUCGUUUUCAUGGCAAAGGCCUUUUUUUAUUUUAGAAGAAAUACGUUUUUGUAAGUUUUGGUCUCCCGCAUCUGUGAAUCCUUAUAUUGAGGGUGACUUAAGUUGAUAGCUUGACAUUUCUUUUUGCCCCAUUUCCUUCCAUCUGUCUCAUUUCUCAAACUUUUAGUAGUUGGCUGGUUUGACCAGCCAGGCCUUGGAUUUGAUGUCAUUUUAACAUUGGUUUAAUCCUCGUUGUCCAAAUUAAAAGUUCUGAACAGUU